AUGGCGAAUUGUCGCCACCGAUAUCGUGGGGCCGCUGACACCAAGUCAAACCGAUUCCUACUUGUCGCGGUCGAUACGUUCACCAAGUUUGUGGUGAUUAAAGCUGUUCGAAGCGCGACGGCAAAAGUGGUUACCGAGUUCAUCAAAAAUGACGUAGUAUUGAAAUUUGCAUGUCGCGAGAUAAUUGUUUCCGACAAUGGCGUACAGUACAAGUCGAACGAAUUCAAGAGUUUCGCCGAGGCCAAAGGUAUCACCUUGUGGUAUACGGCCAAUUAUUUCGCUCAGGGUAAUCCGAGUGAAUGCGUAAACGCCACUAUCGGGAACGCAUUGCGCACAUUCUUGGUGAAUGAUACUGACCACCGAAAGUGGGAUAAGAAAAUUCCUGAAAUUGCCAAUGCGAUCAACAAUUCGGUGCACACGGGUACGGGCUGUAUGCCGUACGAGGCCAAUUUCGGGCAAAAAAUGGCUCAACACGCUAGUGAGUAUCGUAGGUCGAUCGAUGCCAAUGAAUAG